GGAUGGAUCUGGAGUCGUCUACUGGGAAGCAGGAGCCAGAAAGGGCGCGGAAGGAUGCUGCGAUGCGAUCCAAUGAGAACAGUUUGGUACCGGGGAGAAAGAAGAUCGAUGCGAGAGCGGGCGAUCAGGGAGACCUAGAGGGUGGGAUAGAUGAUCUCGAAGAGAAGAUGCAGGGGCUCAAGCUGAGGAGAAGCCGGAGCAAAGGAAUCUCCAUGAAGCUUUCCCGAAGAAGGUACUUCCACCGGCAGUCGUCUGUGCUCCGCCGCGACAUGGUACUGAUCAAGGAAGACGCAGCGAUUUUGAAGGGCAUAAAAGAGGCGUCGUUGCUCAAUUUAGCCGUAUUAGGGAAGAAGCGUCCAGAUGUUGAAGAGGAAAAGAUGGUGAUGCUGAAGAGGAAGAUGGAGGGGCUGUCGAGGGGCAUGCUUGAGAGAAUCGAGGAGUGUAGUCAUUUGCUCUCUUCUAAAAGCACCAGCAGUCAAGACAUUGUUUCAUACAAUGAAGCAGAGCACAUGCCUUUUCUCCACCUUCGGCAGCAGCUGCGGCAAGAGAAGUCGAUUGAGAAGCAGGAGUUUAGAUGCUGUAGUUGCAUGGAAGCUGUUGGGAGGAUAAGGCUGCAAGUGUGGGCAGAGUCUGAGCAAUGGAGUGAGAUGCAACAGCUGCUGGAGCAAGUUAAGAUAGAAAUGGAAGAGAUCCGAUCUUCUAGAGACCAUUGGCAGCGACAAGCCGUUGCCGCUGAGAUCAAUUUCCACAUCCUACAUACUCAGAAUCUCAAGUGGAAGCGAAAGGCCCAAUCUUCUGAGUGCAAGGUAAUUGAUCUGCAGAACCUUGUGUUACAACAUGAGAAAGAGCUCCAAUCAUUGUGGAAGAAGAUUCCUGGUACUCCCAGUUCCUCUUCUCCACAGCACACUGAGUUGUGUAUCAAAAGGCGCUGGAGGAAAUUGCUCGACUCAAGUGAGGAGGAGAAGCAUGCUCCACCCUGUCACUUGAAGUCACAGACCAGUAAUAGACGCUUACCAUUGCUUAAUAUCAACAACAUUUCUCAACCUCUUAGAUCAAUAAUUGGAGCAUGGAGUCCAACAUGAUCCACAACACUUGAAAGCAAUUCCGUUUCAGUUAGAUGACAACCACCCAGCAUAAAAUUAGCUGUCUUUCUGAAUAUCUACUGAAGUGUAACAUAGCAAGAGAUCCAGCAACUGAUAUGCAUACAAGCCACUGCCAACACUGGUAACACUACUAUAGACCACUUGCUCUUAUUUUAUGAAUAAUCUAAAUGAGCAAUAGUUGCAGAAUAUACACAAUUAAGUAAGAAGAAAGGCAGUUGCAUCAAGUCAAGGGCGACUGAUCAUGGACAUCCAGGCACAAUAGGCGCACACAAUCCUCUGCGAGAUGUAGAUGUACACAGCGAAGGAGAAGCUCAUGAGCACCAGGUCUUUCCAGUCACCCUUCUGCUUUGGCGACAAGCAGUCCUUCAGCUCCCUGCCCAGCUUCCCAGCCUCACCAUAGAUUUUCACCAGCGAGAUGGGCCACCUCUUCCCCUGCUUUGUACCGUCACUUUGCUCCUCUUUCCGACCGCCAUCUCCGGCGGACAGGUAGCUGUGGCAGCGGAAGGUUUGCUUCGGUCUGGAUGCGUGGGCGAUGGAGUGGCGGGGAUUGCUUUGUCCUGCAUGAAGAAGAAGAGUGAAUGAAGAGGCAGCCAUGAGAGGAUGGAGAGGAAGGUGAAGAUGGACAGAUAUUUUGGGCGAUUUCUUUUUUGAAGGAGGGAUAUUUUUGUGCAAUUAGCGUGAACAAGUGGAGCUCCUAUGAAUUCAAGGAGAAAGUGACAUUUGUGAUAUCUAAAUUGGUUUUUAGGGGAA